CACUUACCCAUGUUCCCUCCCCACGCCACCGGUCCACAGUGACCCAAUGUUGAACUGGAACCCCGAUCCCCUAGAAAGUGACAUGCUCAGUGAUAUGGUGGCGUGUUUCAAAGGUCUUUCUACUGCAGUGACGAACGUAUUAAUCUUUGCUAUUCGAGUCAGUGCCAGAUUUUGUGUGGCAGCGAGUAUAUCGACCAGGAUGUUUCGAGACUUGUAAAAGUACCAUAUAUACCCCCAAUACCAGCUUGUGCAAUGUAGCAAUCAAAUCUUCCAGUCGUAUACUUGCAAUACUCUCUUCAUCCCACGGAAUUUCCUCCACUUAUCAGAACGACGACACACAAUGAGUAACAUCCUCCUCACCGGUGCCACUGGCUAUGUCGGCGGUACUUUUCUCGACCAAGUUCUAAAGAGCGAAGAGCCGAGCCUCAAGAGCUUGACAAUUGACACAGCUGUGCGCACUGCUGAGCAAGCACAAAAGCUGAAGGAAACCUAUGGGGAUAGGGUCAACCCCAUCAAAUGGAAGGGACUCGAAGACACUACAACCGUCGCGGAUACUGCCGCAAACUAUGACCUUGUUGUUAACGUCGGCUCCGGCUUCAUUCCCGCGGGUGCUAAGGCGCUUGUGGAAGGUCUGGGAAGGCGAAAAGAUGGGCCUGCCCCGUGGAUCGUGCACAUCGCUGGCUGCACUAAUUUGGCCGAUCGUCCCCUAACGCAGGAUGCUCACCCGGAGCGUGAGUGGGACGAUGAGAAAGAUGCCGGAGCCAUAUUCGAUUUCAUGAAAGAGGCGGAUGCUAGAGAACCAUAUCCUCAGCGAAGUGCUGAGGUUGGUGUCCUAGAGGCUGCGGAGGCAAGCGGUGUCAAUGCUGUCAGCUUGAAUGCACCAUUGAUUUUUGGCGAAGGAAGUGGACUAUUCAAUCGAGCCGGCCUAGUCAUCCCAAUUGCUUUGCGAUAUGCCAUUACUCAUGGAUAUGGUUUCAAGCUCAACGAAACCGCAAAUUUCGAUUAUGUACACGUCAGCGACCUUGCAGCUCUCUAUGUCCUCGUAGUACGAACUAUUCUUGAACGGCCCGACCGUGGUGUUGGAUUCAUCCCAACUGGUAGGAAAGGGAUCAUUUUCCCUGCCGUUGCCCGCAUCUUGAAUACAGAGAUCAUGGAACGAUGCGUCGACGCUGCGUUUGCGGGAGGCGUGCUUCCCCGCGAAGGCACGCCCAAAGAAAGAGAAGUCCGCCAAGUGUCGCUUCAAGAGAUCGCCGACGAGAUCAUGUUUAGCCAGGUUGCUGUUGCUGAGCGUGGCUGGGCUGGUCACAAGGCAAUGAAGGGUACGCUGGGCCCCAAGUUGUUUGGCUGGAAACCGCAGUAUACAGAGGAAGCUUGGAAGCAGGAAUUCCACGACGAGUUUGUUGCGCUUCGUGAUGGGCGAAGAGGUAUCACUCUAGAUGCGUGCAUUGGCUUAAGAGGAAAUUAAUUGACCAGACCACUCAUUCCAUACUUAAGAAGAUAGUAACCCGGGAUUGAAUGUGAAUAAAUUGUUGGAUACAUAUUUUGCCCAGGUUUAAGUGAUGUAUCACCCCUGAUUAAGUGCCGUUAG